AUGACUUACAUGCGCGCCGAGAGCAGUCAGAUCGACAGCUGGAAAAAGGUUGGCAACAACAUCUCUUGGGACUCGCUCUUGCCGUACUACAAGAAGAGUGAGUACUUUGAGUUCCCCACCGAGGCUCAGCUCUCGAUGGGAGCAUCCUACCUGCCUGAGUUCCACGGCACCGAAGGUCCUCUUUCUGUCAGUUGGCCCACUGAGAUGGUCGGCAACAACUUCUCGGCCACUCUGAACGCUACGUUCAAGGCCAUGGAGCUGCCUUGGAAUGGAGAAGCAAACAGCGGAUCUAUGCGUGGAUACAACGUCUUCCCCAAGACCUUUGACAGAUCGCUGGAUGUCCGUGAGGAUGCAGCUCGUGCUUACUACUACCCCUUCGCCAACAGACCCAAUCUCGACGUCUAUCUCAACUCUUUUGCUCAACGUCUGACAUGGUCCAACGACAACUCCUCGGUCCCAUUCGCCAAUGGUGUCAUCUUCACCGACAAGUCAGGCGCGGAACAAAGUCUGCUGGCCACCAAGGAAGUCAUUUUGUCUGCCGGAUCUUUGAGAUCGCCUCUUCUGCUUGAGCUUUCUGGUGUCGGCAACCCUAACGUACUUGAAAAACUCGGCAUCGAAGUCAAGGUCAACUCUCCUUUUGUCGGCGAGAACCUCCAGGACCAGACCACUGUCGACACGGAUUACGUCUCAAAUGCCAACUUCACUGGCGCUGGUGGCUUCAUCGGAUACUUCAAUGCCACUGACGUCUGGGGAAACAACACUGCCGCAUUCAGCAAGACCGUGAAGGCAUCUCUCGAGCAAUACGCGAACAAGACUGUGCAGGCCACUGGCGGUAUCACUGAUCGCGAGACUCUGCUGAAGUUGUUCAAGAUCCAGCAUGAGCUCAUCUUCGAGGACGAGGUCGUUAUUUCCGAGGUCAUUGUCAACGCACCUUCAUCUGAUAGCGGUCUUAUCGAAUACUGGGGUCUUAUGCCGUUCUCUCGCGGGUCCAUGCACAUCAGAAGCGCCAACGCCUCUGCCCCGGCCGCCAUCAAUCCCAACUACUUCAUGCUCGACUAUGAUAUCAAGCAGCAGAUCGGCACCGCAAGAACUGCAAGAAAUGUUGCCAUGACUGCUCCUUUGAGCGACAUUCUCACUUCCGAGACCACUCCUGGCUUCGAUGUAGUCCCUCUCAACGCUACUGAUGCUGUUUGGGGUGACUGGCUUAAGUCGGUGUACCGCUCCAACUACCACUACAUCUCCACUGCUGCCAUGAUGGCCAAGGAGCUGGGUGGCGUAGUUGAUGACAACCAUCUCGUUUACGGUACUGCCAAUGUCCGCGUGGUUGAUGCCUCGGUACUUCCCUUCCAGGUCUCUGGUCAUUUGACCUCGACCCUGUAUGCUCUUGCUGAGAGAGCUGCUGAUAUAAUCAAGGCCAGUCACCAAUGA